AUGGCAACCGUCGCAUAUGACAUCCCUCUCGACUUGACGAUCGAGAUCCUGCUGAAGUUGCCUGGAAAAUCUGUAGAGAGAUUCAUAUCCGUAUCGAAGACAUGGUGUUCCAUCAUCGUGAGUAGUUUUGAUGUUGGGUCUGAGCAGCUACGUCUCAUUAAAACACCUGAGGAUUUUUGUGGUGUCCUAACAAACUACCUAGGGAAGUUAGCUGCGUAUGAUUCCUGCAGUAACGAUGGUUUUAUUUGGUGGGUUCUUGAUGAUGUUAAGAAUCAAGUUUGGUCGAAACGGGUUUUAAUUCUUGAUUCAUUGUAUUGGAUACUGCGCAUGAGCUUUGCGGGGGUUACUGCUGCUGGAGAGGUCAUCUUUGUUCCAAUGACGUAUCGUGAACCUAACUUUGAGAUUUUGUGUUACCAUGUAGAGAAGAAGGUGGGAAGAGUAGUUAGAGUUGAAGGACUUGUUGGUAAUAUUUUUGAUGGGGCCUGA